UUUCCUGCACACAAGUGAAACACAAAUCACAGUUUCUCAAUACGGUACAGUGGGACCCGCCAGGAAGGACCUCCUAUGGAUGGGAUGGAGGUAGAUCGUGUCCGACUCCAAGCAGCUGAUUUAUAUUUCCCGGAGCACAUUUCGGCCACCACGCUCACCGCUGCGUAGGAACUCUAUUUUCCGUCGGUCGCACGUCCAAAGCCGGGCCUCCGUUCGACGGUCUAAAAGCAAAGCGCGAACUGCUCGCGAGCUUCUUCCGACGACGACAAUAAGGCCCACUGCGGUCCCGUCACCGCCGCCAUCCUUACUCCGCACCUCCCAUUGUUCCCAGAUCCCUCUCCAUUGGCGGGAAUAGGAUCUGAUCGACCAACGCUCGGAACCUGCCGAGGAGGGCAGCGAAGAUACGAUGUCAUGAGGGCGGUGAAGGCGAAGGUGGAGGGAUGGCGAGGGUGGGGGAGGGGCCGCGGCAAGUCUGGCUGCUGGUCUUUUAAGCGGAUCACCGUCGUGGCUUGCUGCGUCAACCUCAUCGCGGCGCUCCUCGUGCUCCGAUCUUUCGACACCUCGUUCUUCCUCUUUCCCUCGUAUGGGUUCAACGGGAAUCUUUUUUCCGUGGAUCAGGUUGAGAGGAUAGAAGAAUCGAUUAGGGUGCGAAGAGAAGCGGAGUCUGUGGAGCUCGUUAGAGCGGUGAGGAAACUGAGUAAGGAGUUGUCCAGAGAACAGAAGAGGGGAUUGAAGUUGCCGCAAAAUGUGAAGCAGAAGCUGGCGAAUGAGAUUCUGCAGAGGUUGCAAGGUGACAAUGUUGACACCAAUGUGACAAAACAACGAGUGGACUUAUGGCGAAUUGAGAAACUAGAAGAAGUUAGAAGGGUGACAACUUCAAAAUCAAAUAUAGAUUCAAGCAUCUCUUACCAGGAAGCAAAGAUGUUGAAAAGAGUGUUGGAGUCUAAUUGGCUUAUGCUCUUGGAAGGAAUUGGGCUCUGGAUUCCAGCUGAUGUUAUUCACACUGAACACAAUGAUAAACCUAAAGAUGAGCAGGAACUUGAGGAGAUAAUUCCUGGUCGACCACUGCCUCCUGAAUGCCAUGCUGAGCUUCAUACUGAUUAUGAUGGAGCUGCUGUUAGAUGGGGGCUUACCCACCAUAAAGACAGCGCUGCUGAUUGUUGUCAGGCUUGCUUAGAUCAGGCCAAACAUCCAAAGCCAGGGGAAAAGAAGUGCAAUAUUUGGGUUUACUGCCCAUCAGAGUUUGGGUGCUAUUCACCAGAUAUAUAUGAACACAAACAUCAGGAGUGCUGGCUGAAGCAGGCCGAAAAACCUCGGUUGAACUUCAAAGAUAAGUAUUCCAAAUCUUACAGGAAGAAACACCCCGAUGCACCCAUAGUCGUGCCAUGGAUGUCAGGUGUUGUGGGUGCAUAACUAGCACCAUCUCCUUCCUUAAUGCUGCACUAAUACCCAGAAAAGGAAAUGUUUCAGAUCUAUAUGGCAAGAUAGCAACAUUGGCUGCCUGCAUUCACCAUGUCAUCUAAACCGUCUGACAAUUUCAUCCUGCUGCCACCAUUUUUCUAUGACAUAAUAUAUCUACCCAUCUAUCUAUCUAUCUAUCUAUCUAUAGUAUUCUUUAUGUCAGCUUCUACAUUUGAGAGAGGCAUCUAAUUGGUUUGAGAGAACUUGAUUUUUAGCUCAAUUAAAUUCUUCUCGAGUUGCAAACUAGUGAGUUAUCAAUGAAGAACAUCGAUGAUAGCUAAUUUAAAUGUUCCAGAAGGUACUUGUGAUUGAAUAUUUAUGUCAUAGCUUUAUCGAGGUACAAUA